UCGCCAUAUCAGGAGGGCCCUGUUACGUGAGGCUGUGCACGGAGACUAUUCCAGGAAGAAGAGGGGACACUUGGUGGGCGGGGUGAUUUCGGGCAGUCAGGUGGGCGACCCGCGUAGGCGUCUGAAAGGCCCGCGUCGUUAGGGAGGGCAGGAGUGGCGUCUCUGGUUACGGGGUCGGGCAAAGGGCAGAGGUCACCGUCCAGGUUGGACUGCAGCACCUUUGAGCGAUGGCGGCGUCUGGGGAACCCCAGAGGCAGUGGCAAGAGGAGGUGGCGGCGGUGGUAGUGGUGGGCUCCUGCAUGACCGACCUGGUCAGCCUUACUUCUCGUUUGCCAAAAACUGGAGAAACCAUCCAUGGACAUAAGUUUUUUAUUGGCUUUGGAGGGAAAGGUGCCAACCAGUGUGUCCAAGCUGCUCGGCUUGGAGCAAUGACGUCCAUGGUGUGUAAGGUUGGCAAAGAUUCUUUUGGCAACGAUUACAUAGAAAACUUAAAACAGAAUGAUAUUUCUACAGAAUUUACAUAUCAGACUAAAGAUGCUGCUACAGGAACUGCUUCUAUAAUUGUCAAUAAUGAAGGCCAGAAUAUCAUUGUCAUAGUGGCUGGAGCAAAUUUACUUUUGAAUACGGAGGAUCUGAGGGCAGCAGCCAAUGUCAUUAACAGAGCUAAAGUCAUGGUCUGCCAGCUCGAAAUAACUCCAGCAACUUCUUUGGAAGCCCUAACAAUGGCCCGCAGGAGUGGAGUGAAAACCUUGUUCAAUCCAGCCCCUGCCAUUGCUGACCUGGAUCCCCGGUUCUACACCCUCUCAGAUGUGUUCUGCUGCAAUGAAAGUGAGGCUGAGAUUUUAACUGGCCUCACGGUGGGCAGCGCUGCAGAUGCUGGGGAGGCUGCAUUAGUGCUCUUGAAAAGGGGCUGCCAGGUGGUAAUCAUUACCUUAGGGGCUGAAGGAUGUGUGGUGCUGUCACAGACAGAACCUGAGCCAAAGCACAUUCCCACAGAGAAAGUCAAGGCUGUGGAUACCACGUGUAGACCUGGCUCAAGACCCAAGAGUGAAGCAGCAAGUGUGAAGAAGCAGAAACAUUAUAAAUAACCCAGAGAAUCCUUUUAUAACAGCAACUGCCUACUGAUUUUGUGGCCUAACAGCUCGAGCAAAAAUGAAUAUAAAUACAACAUUGUGCAAUGACUAAUUACUCAAAAUUUUGUGCAUCAGCAGAAGUGGAACCUGUGGUUGGUGCUAAUAUUAUGAAAUGCCUUUGCUGUUUAAUAAUCUGGUAGCUCUAUAUUAUUCAGCAUGCAUUUUUCUUGGAGAACAAUGAUUUUAUUUCAAGUACCUCUCACUGAAAUAAAAAAGCAGCUGUUAGAAGAUGAACAUUUAGCAGAAAAUAUUUUAGCGAGUCUUUUGUAAGAUACUAAGUCCUACUGGAUUAACUGUUUUCUGUCUAGAAUAGUGGGGUCACAAAAAAAAGGGGAUUGCUGACCACAAAAGGCAAAAGGCCAACCUUUAGAACUCAGUGAAUCACUAACAGCCAUUUUAGUUUUAAUUGCCAUUUACUCACCAAUAUAUAUACAAAGCUCUCAUUAAUAUUGCCUGAAGAAUGGGCCCUUUUUAAUUCCAUUUUUAGCUCGCUCUCAGGAUUCCACUUCUCUUUCAUUAACAUGGAAUUCUUUAAAUUAUAGAAUAAAUUAACCCACCGCAGACAUUUUGGGCAGAAUGGGGUUUUCAGCAAUUUUCAGCCUCCACAGGCCAUUCUUCUCAGCAGCUUGCCAGCCAGCAGAGCGGUGAGGGCCAUGGCUGGGAGCAGCACCUGCCCCUGAAGUUGAAGAGAGGCUAGAGCAGCCCACUGGGCUCCUGGCCCAAGCCCACUCUCAGGGUGACAGUGUCCUUCACAUGUUCCUCAGGCUAGCCAAACAAGGGGUGUGCCAGUGCGUAAGCCACAUCACCAUAAGGCUGCUGGGCACAGCCAGUUUCAGCCAAAGAACAUUACGGUUGAGCUGCAUUAAUGUGCCCAUAUUGACUCAGGGACAAUUUUUACAUUAUUAUAAGCAAAACAGAAAAUGUUCUUUUUUAAAUUAUCAAGAAAUGUGAAAAAACAAAGAGUUUCAUUUUAUCUCCAGUUCCCAUUCCUGGGGGGAAGUGGGUGAUAGGUAAAGAUUAAAAAUGGAAGAGUUUUCAGAGAUGGCUGAAGAUUACCUAGAGGGUGAGGCUCAGGCUUGGGCCGAGGGUGAAUGAGGUAUAGAAAACGGAAAGGAUCAGGCAUGUCUGUUCUGUAUAUUAUUUGGCAAUACAAGACAGUAUAUCUACAUUUUUUACAAAUGUUAUCUCAAAACAGCUUCGUCAAAAUGCUCCACUUCAGUCCUGGUCUGACCAGCCAGCCCAGAGCCCAUCACAAACUAACAAAGCUGAGAAUGGACCCUGAGACACGGUCAGGCCCCAGAUGGAGCCAGCCAGUGGCCUCUGUCAAUGUGAACUAAUGGCUGACUGGGACUGGGAGCCAUUUGUCAACAAUAGUGGGGCCAGAUCUGUCCAUGGCACCAACCUGUGAGGUAGGUUGAGCACCACAACCAAGCACCUCAAACUGCGUGAAGACUGAGAUGGCUGAGACACACUGCAUCAGGCAGGGGAUUUCUUUUGUCUUUGACUCAAUUUUAGAUGGAAUCCAAGUGAUGCAGUUAUUAUGAUUAUCUGUACUCUUUCUUAAAAAUGGUUACUAAAUACUUGUAGGGUACCAAUAAAGGAAGAAUCUGGCAGUUCUGGGAUGAAGGUUAAUAGAGUUUUUCUUGUUUUAUAGUAGUUGAAAUUUAAUCAAUGUAUUGAAAUUCAGAAGAUCAGUGUCAUUUGUAAUACCACUUACAGUCACUUUGGGCAGUGAAGUGCUGCCCUGAGCAUAUCUUAGCCCCACCUUACUUUGAUUUUGCACUCAACCGCUUAUUGAUCCUUCUCUGUUCUCACCUAUCUUAAUGAAAGAAGGCUUUAGCCUCAUAAACCUCAUUCCAGAUAGAAAUACAUAAUUCAAGAGAAACACUGAUGUCAAAGAAGAGAAGGCAUACCAAUUUGUGUCAGCAUUUGCUGUAAAUUAGAGAGGAGUACAGGGAGAGUUUAAUGUAAUGUAGAAUUGGAAUUAAAAUAGAACCAAUAUUUAGGCAGUCCUCCGCCUCUUUUUUCCCUGCUGUGACAUGAAGGAUUGACUUUCUCCCAGCUUAAGUACCUAAUGUAGUUCUUUUUUUUUUCCUUUCUGCUGGGAUUCCCCCCAACAAAAUACUACAUAUUUAUUUCUGGCAUCCAAAAUUAAAUAUUUUCACCUUUUCCAUUCCAGUCACAACCAAAAACUCAGGGUAUGAAGAGUUGGAGUUUCCCCCUCAUCUUCCACACCUUUGCAGCAUAGAAAGGACCUCUGGUGGCCGGGCACAGUACCUCAUUCCUGGAAUCCCAGUACUUUGUGAGGCCAAGACAAGAGGAUCGCUUGAGCCCAGGAGUUGCUGGAGACCAGCCUGGGCAACAUAGAGAGACCCCAUCUCUACAAAAAAAUUUUUUAUAGCCAGGCAUCAUGGCAAAUGCCUGUAGUCCCAGCUACUCAGGAGGCUGAGUUGGGAGGAUCGUUUGAGUCCGGGGAGGUCAAAGCUGCAGUGAGCCGUGAUUGCACCACUGCACUCCAGCCUGGGUGACAGAGCGAGACCCUGUCUCAAAAAAAGAAAAAAAAGACCUCUGCCAUGCCAGUGUAAUCAGUUCAGCUGUUGUAAAUCACUAUUAAUCCCUCCUUAAUACAGUACUAAUGUGGGUGUUACCUCCAUGGUUUCUUUUUUCCUAAGCUGAGAAUAAAAGGUUGAUAGUGAACAUCUCACAAUGUAAAUUUGUGCAAGGUGUUCCUGUACACUUGUGAGAAUUCUUUAGCACACAUGCAAGAGUGUUCUUCCUUUUAAAGUGGUCACAUGGGAAGCUUCACAUUCAGACCACAUGUUGUUUUCAGAACCUUUUUGGAGCUCUUUAUUUGAAUUUCUGCCAGAGCCGAUCUUGUUCUUUACAGUUGCCCAUUGGUUUUGGCCAAUGGCGGAGUUCCCUAGCUUGAUCCCUCACCUUAAUCAUUAGACUUGGCUUUAAACAAUUCACUCUUUCCAGAAAUAAAUUCCUUAGGAUAUGGUUCUCAAAAUAUGGCCCUAAAGCCAGCAGUAUCGGCAUCACCUGGGAAGUCAUUUGAAACACAAAUCCCAGGCCCUACCUUAGAUUUAAUGGAUCAGAAACUUUGGGGAUGGAGGCCAGCAGUCGGUGUUUUAACAAGCCCUCCAGGCGAUUCCAGUGCACGCUCAAGUUUAAGAACCACUGACUGAGAUGAAAUGUGCCUCCAUUGAGGAUAUUCAAAGAUAUGCUACAGAUUUUGAAGGUACUGAAAGAGAAGUUUCAAAAUAUUUUUGAGCAAAGUUAGAAUACAUUUAUGGCCUCCCCAGAGGACUGCUUUAAUGGGGACUGGGCUUUAACCAAGGUGUUCCAGUUCUAUCACCUAGCCAUUUGACCUUGAGCAAGUUCUUACACUUGGUUUCUCAUCCGGAAAAUCAAAGACCCACCCUACCUACCUCACAGCAUUGCAAUGAAAUUCAAAUUUAAUCACAUCUGCAAACAUGCCCUGUAAACCAGAAAGUGCUGUGGAAAACUGAAAGUCAUGUCACUCUGCAGGCAGAAUUCUGGUAGCCUGAACAUUAUGUCAGGGAAAUGAGUGGGGCAAAGGCUUAUAUUUAUCAUUUCCCUGGCCAGAUAUACCUUUUUGUCUAUAUAAUGGCCUUAUGGAUGUGUAUCAGAUUCUGCCAUUUCAGCCUACCAAUUCAUCUGGUAUUAAGAGAGGAAAACCAUUGCCUGACUAGUAGCUACAGAAUGCUAGAAAAAUAUUAAUAUAUCCAUUUUCAGGUCGGUCCUGGUGGCUCACGCCUUUAAUCCCAGCACUUUGGGAGGCCGAGGCGGGCGAAUCGUUUGAGCCCAGAUGUUUGAGACCAGCGUGGGCAACAUGGCAAAACCCUGACUCUACAAAAAAAUACCAAAAAAAUUAACCACCCACCUGUAGUCCCAGCUACCUGGGAGGCUGAGAUAGGAGGAUCACUUGAGCCCAGGAGGUUGAGCCUACAGUGAGCUGAGAUCAUGCCAUUGCACUCCAGCCUGGGAAACAGAGUGAAACCCUGUCUCAAAAAAAAAAGAAAAGAAAAAUAUAUCCAUUUUUUGGCUGGGCACGGUGGCUCAUGCCUGUAAUCCCAGCACUUUGAGAGGCCAAUGUGGGUGGAUUACUUGAGGUCAGGAGUUUGAGACUAGCCUGACCUGUAUGGUGAAACCCCGUCUCUACUAAAAAUACAAAAAUUUCCCAGGCAUGGUGGCGCACGCUUGUAAUCCCAGCUACUCAGGAGGCUGAGGCAGGAGAAUCGCUUGAACCCGGGAGGUAGAGGUUGCAGUGAGCUGAGAUCGCGCCACUGCACUCCAGCCUGGGCGACAGAGUGAGACUCAGUCUCAAAAAAAUGAAAAUAAAAAAUACAAAGGAAAAAUAUAUCAGUUUUCAAACUUGCUGUUUCCUACAAGGACCCAGGAAAGCUGGGAAAUGAGCCAUCAGGGCCAAUUAUGUUGUGCGGAUACUGAAGCUCUUAUGCCUGGAACAUGGCACACACCAGCAGUGCAAGGGUCUGUCCUAAAAACAUCAUUUUAUCCCUGUGCAGGGGUGUCUGGACCUUCAAGGAGGAAGCUCAGUGCUCAUUGCCACACAUUAAUCACUGCAGAGAGACCAAAAAGAAAAGCCCUCAAGAAAAUCAGGUCUAUGGAAACCAAGAUUUACAGACCAAACCAGUUAAUGCAAGUUUGUCCAACACAAAUUUGUAAACUUUCUUAAAACAUUAUGAGAAUUUUUCUGCGAUUUUUUAAACCUCAUCAGCUAUCGUUAGUGUAUUUUAUGGCCCAAGACAAUUCUUCCAGUGUGGCCCAGGGAAGCCAAAAGAUUAGACACCCCUGAAUGUAUCUGUGUUUGAGAAGAAUGUGGAUGGAUUUUUACCUUAGAGAUUAGCCUUUACAAACAACAUCAUAGGAUUUUUUUUUUUUUUUAAGACAAGGUCUCACUGUCACCCAGGCUAGAGUGCACAGCUCACUGCAGCCUCGACUUCCUGGGCUUCAACAAUCCUCCCACCUCAGCCUCCAGAGUACCUGGGACCACAGGUGUGCACCACCACACCUGGCUAAAGUUUUGCAUAUUUUUGUAGAGACGAGGUUUUGCCAUCUUCCCCAGGCUGAUCUCAAACUCCUGAGCUCAAGCAAUCCGCCGGCCUUGGCCUCCCAAAGUGCUGAGUUUACAGGCUUGAGCCACCGUGCCUGGCCAGGAAUUCUUAAACAGCAAGCUCCUGGUACAUUUAUAAUUUAAUUUGAAAACUUUACAAACUCUUUAAUGAACACUUCUGGGCAGGAAGGAAGCUAAACCUGUUGCCUCAGUGCUUAUUGGGAAUGAAGUUUCAAUAACACAGAACCACCUGGCCAACACCAACUUCACUUUUCACACAAAGUGCCAGCUAAAAUCGAGAUUAGGUGUGAAUAUAUUAAUAAUUGGUUUAUUAUGGUUACAUUAUUGGAUAAUUACAGAACAAUAAGCUAUUGUUUAAUUAUAGAAUUAGAAUAUGAAAUGAUUUUGCUCAAAAAUGUGUCCCCACUUAACAAAUCUCUAGAGACAAAGCAGAUAAGUGGUUCCUAGGCCUGCGGGUGGUUGGGAGGAAUGGGGAGUGACUGUUAAUGAGUAUGAGGUUUCUUUCAAGGGAGAUGAAGAUUUCUAAAAUUAGAUUGUGGUGAUGGUUGCUCAACUCUGUAACUAUACUGAAGAACAUUGGAUUGUACACUUUAAAUGGGUGUAUUAUAUGUAUAUUAAUUAUAUCUCAAAGUUGUUUUUUAAAUCCAAUAGCUAAUGAAUUGUAGAGCCAAGACAAAAAAAUUGUACCUAUUUAAAAGACAGAAGCAAAAAUAAUAUCAAAACUUUGCUGCA